AUCUUGGGGAUUUUGAAUAUGCCACUGCCUCCUUGGCGUGUUGAUGCUGUUCUCACUAGAGAGACAGCUUGUUUGUCUUGAAUAGAGGCUAGCACUAAAGGGCAGGAGGAGAGUUAGAGCUGGUGCCAUCCUGAGAGUCUCAGGAGUUUGUGAGCCUUCCUGUGGACUUCCUUCUCAGGGCUGUACUUUCCGUCUGGCAGGUGGAGAGCUGAAUCACUCAGGACGCAUGGAAAGGGAGGGGCAAAAAGUGAAGGCUUAUAUUUCCUUUUCAGAGACAGAGCUGUAGUCUAACCUGCUAAACUGUCCACUUCACUACCGGAAAGCAGCAAAGGCUGUGGAACGCUGCAUGACAAGCACCUGGCUUGGACGUGCUUCAUUAUUGGCAGGGCCUAACAUAAAAAUGAGUUCCCUGAGCACAGCAAAUGUUGAAUUUUGCCUUGAUGUGUUCAAAGAACUGAACAGUAACAAUGCAGGAGAUAACAUCUUCUUUUCCCCGUUGAGUCUGCUUUAUGCUCUACAUAUGAUCCUUCUUGGUGCCAGAGGAAACAGUGCAGAGCAAAUCAAAAAGGUGCUUCACAUUAAUCAUGAAGAAUCAGCAAAGGCAGAGUUUAAGGACUCGUCAGAGUGCAGCCAAGCUGGAAGGAUUCAUUCAGACUUUGGAGUUCUAAUCUCGCAAAUCAACCAACUAGACUCUAACUAUACCCUCAGCAUUGCAAACAGACUCUAUGGGACCAAAAAAAUAGCAUUCCAUCAGCAAUAUCUAACCUGUUCUGAGAAAUUGUAUCAAACCAGGCUGCAGACUGUUGACUUUGAACAGUCUACAGAAGAAACAAGGAGAACUAUUAAUGCUUGGGUUGAAAGUAAAACAAAUGGAAAAGUCACAAACCUCUUUGGAGAGGGCACAAUUGACCCUUCCUCUGUAAUGGUCCUGGUGAAUGCCAUAUAUUUCAAAGGACAAUGGCAGAACAAGUUUCAGGAAAGAGAGACAGUUAAAGCCCCUUUUCAGCUAAAUGAGGGCAGAAGUGUACUUGUGGAAAUGAUGUACCAGAUGGGAACGUUUAAGCUGGCUGUCAUAAAGAGGCCUCAGAUGCAAGUUCUCGAGCUGCCCUACGUCAACAACAAACUAAGCAUGAUUAUUCUGCUUCCAACAGGCACAACUAAGCUAGAACAGAUAGCAAAGCAGCUGAACGCACGCGCACUUCAGGAGUGGAUCGGCCCUUCCCACAUGGUGGAAAGAGAAGUUGAAGUGCAUUUGCCUCGAUUCAAGCUCGAGAUCCAGUAUGAGCUCAAUUCCUUGCUAAAAUCCCUAGGGAUGGCAGAUAUCUUCAACCAGGGCAAGGCUGAUCUUUCUGGAAUGUCGUCAGCCAAGGGUCUGUACCUAUCAAAGGUGAUCCAUAAAUCCUACGUGGAUGUCAACGAAGAAGGCACUGAGGCGGCAGCCGCCACCGGGGACAUCAUCACCGUGAAACGACUGCCCAUCCGAUACCAGUUCAUGGCGAAUAAGCCCUUUCUGUUCUUUAUAAGGGACAUCCAUUCUGAGAUGAUCAUCUUCUGUGGCAAAUUUGCCUCUCCAUGAGACAGGGCUAAGUUAGGCUGAGUCACAAAGGAGGUGCAGGGGCCAACAGGGAACUGCCUUGUGGCCCCAAAGCAGUUCAUACCUCACACACCUCUGUGCCUCAGUCUGCGUAUGUGCAAAAUAAGUCUAGGCUCUCUUCCAAGUUCUUCUUUGGAUUGGUAAUCAUGGGAGAAGAUACAGUCUCACAUUCUGUUCUGACUUUGUGGGGUUUUACUUGAGUGCUGCCUGAGUGACAUGGCCAAAGUCAAUGAGAACUGUUUUAAAGGAUUGGAUUCUCUUGCUUUGUGUAUAUCAGUGAGAUCUUGAAUAAGUGACUUGUCUGCCUUCAAAAAAGCCAUUUUAAGGGCCGUGACUUUGCUUGGGUUUUUAAAUAUUUGAUUUCACUCAUGUAUGUAAAUAUAAAAUCAAGAAUUUGCGUUCAAAAUUCUAUAUUGACUCUAAUAAAUUCAUUCAAUGCCUUAAGCA